AUGAAAGCCGGAAGUCCAAGCCGAGUGGCUUUCGUGACAACAAUUUUGCCAGCAUCGGAUAUCAACAAACUUGAGCUCUGCAUUCAGGAAAUCAGAUCAUGGAUGAUCUCCAACUAUUUGAUGUUGUAUGAGGAGAAGACAGAGUUCCUACUCAUUGGCUCCAAAUAUCAGCUUAUAAAGUUGAAGACUGCUUUGCCAUCACCUUCACUUGGUGACACAGAAGUCUCACCAUCAGAGAGUGCCAGGAAUUCAGCUGAUCAAAAGGGGUAUGGUGUUGAGGAAGUCCAUAUUGCCCUUGAGCAGUGUGGAAAAGACACCAAAAUAGUCAUUGACUGGCUGAAUAAAACUUGGCCGAAGUAUGUGGAUGAUGUGAUUUCAACGGUGUCUCAUGCGAGCCAAGAAUCCCAGCAGAAUGAUAUAGGUGUUAUAUCAACAGUGGAAGCUAAGAGAGCAUUACAAGAAUCACAGGGCAGUGUCCAAGAUGCUGUUACGUACUGCAUCAACACUCGUACACAAUUGUAUGCUGAAGUGAAUAGCGAGGCUUUUUAUGCCAGAGAAGAUGUUCUGGAGGCAAUGCAUGAACAUAAAGGAAACAAGGAACUUGUUUUGCAUCACUUGGACUUGAUGAGGCUAGCCCCCUUCAAACAUCGUAUAUGGGUUGGAAGUGACAAUCCUGAACCUGACAUGAUGCAGCUUGCACUGAACAUCAACUGUAACAGUGUAUCCACAAGUGUCAUAACACAUCAGGACUUUCAGGACAUGGUCUGUAAUAAAGAUAUUGAUUUGGAGGUUAGUGCAGUUUUAAGGAGAUAACAUACACAUGACAGAUGCAUGAAUAAUUUGUUACUCUUCUUUGUCUAUGUCUUUGCCAUACAAA